AUGUCAUCUCAAGAGGACCUAGGUCCAGCACCAUCAUUGGCAAAUGUCGAACAUAUUAUUUUAAUUCUUUCUGGAAAAGGAGGUGUUGGAAAAAGUUCAAUCACAACACAAACUGCUCUAACACUCUGUCAAAUGGGCUAUAAAGUUGGCGUAUUAGAUAUCGAUUUAACAGGACCUUCAAUACCACGUAUGUUCGGAUUAGAAGAUAAAUCAAUAUAUCAGACAUCAGAAGGAUGGAUGCCUGUCAAGGUAAAGACUAAUGGAAAUGGAUCCUUAAGUGUGGUAUCUUUAGGUUUUUUAAUUGGCGAUAGAGGAAACAGUGUAGUCUGGAGAGGUCCUAAAAAGACUGCCAUGAUUAAACAAUUCAUUAGAGAUGUAGUAUGGGGGGAUUUGGAUUAUUUAUUAAUAGAUACACCACCUGGAACGUCUGAUGAACACAUUUCUAUCGCUGAACAGCUAAGAUUCUGUGAACCAGACGGAGCAAUAAUUGUGACAACUCCACAGAGUGUAGCUACUGCUGAUGUAAAAAAGGAAUUAAAUUUUUGUAAAAAAGUUAAUCUUUUCAUUUUAGGUAUUAUUGAAAACAUGUCUGGAUUUUUGUGCCCAUACUGUGAAGAAUGUACAAACAUUUUUUCUAGUGGAGGUGGUAAGAUAUUGGCCGAACAAUUUAAUGUACCAUACUUAGGUAAUAUUCCUAUUGAUCCAAAUUUUGUAGAAAUGAUUGAGAACCAAAAUGAACAAGAACUAAGCCUAGUGGAAUUAUAUGCAAAUUCUUCUCUUUAUACAAUAUAUAAAAAAAUCAUAGCAAAAAUUUUGCAACAAAACUGUCCAUCUCGUUUGGUUGAAACUAACGAAAUAAUAGAUAAGCUUAAUAACACUAAGUUAAUCAUGCAAAAUAGUCCUUCACUUGAUAAUCUCACUGAAAAUAACUAA